GGGAAACGAAUUUUCCUAACAUUUUCAUUAACUUCCGUGUCCUCUCUCUGCUACUCCCACACUUCAAUUCUCUCUCUCUCUCGCCAAGAACUCAAUCUAUUUCUCCACAACCACGAGUCCAAGGCCUCUCGAUUAAGGCCUCUCCCCGUCCUUCCUCACUUUUAAGUGUACUAAUUCAGAUCCUAAACCCAGGAAGGAUAUGGCAAGGAUAUUUAGUUUUACUGCUGAGGGAAUGCUUGCAAAGGCGGCUUCACUUGCUGCUGAACCGCUCGUCCGUUCUUGGGGACUUGAAGCAAAACUGACAGGGCUGCAUGAAACAUUAUCCCUGAUUCAAGAUAUCACACGUGAUGCUGCUGAUGAUGCUGAUGCGGUGUGGGUGGAGAAACUUAAAGACGUGGCUAAUGAUGCUGAUGAUGUCUUGGAGGACAUCAACUAUGAAGUUCUCCGCCAUAAGCUACAAAUACAAAACCUUUUGAAGAGAAAGGUACUCAACUUCAUUUCGCUCUCUAAUCCCGUUGCAUUUCGUCUUAAAGCAGCACAUCAAAUCAAGAAAAUCAACGCGUCCUUGGUGGAUCUCAAGAAUUGUGCGCCUAUUAAGGAACUAGUUUCUGCACCUUCUCAAGCAAUGAGAUCGAUCAGAGAAACCAAUUCAUCAAUUGGGGAUGAAAUCAUCGUUGGCAGAGAUGAGGCCGCGUCAAAUAUACUUGCAACCUUGACCAGUUCCGAAGUCAAUCAAGAAAAUCUUUCGGUUAUGGCCAUUGUGGGAAUGCCCGGUUUGGGAAAAACUACUUUGGCCAAGUUGGUUUUUACUAAAGAUGAGAUAAGUACACACUUUGAAGAGAAAAUGUGGAUAUAUGUAUCCAAUACAUUUGACGUUGAUUCAAUUCAGGAGGCAGUGCUUAAAAGCCUCCGAGAACGGUUGACAGAGAAAAGAUGUCUUCUUGUACUCGAUGACGUUUGGAAUGAAGACUCUGAAAAAUGGAGCAAACUGAUGAGCUGUUUGUCAAAACUCCAUUUUGCACGGGGGAGCACCAUACUUGUCACUACAUGUAAUUCCCAAUUUGCAACAAUUACGGGAACACUUCCUCGCUAUGAUUUGGGAUUUCUAUCGGAAGACGAAUGCUGGUCCAUAUUAAAGGGAAGAGCAUUUGUAGAUGAUACUACUCCUACAGAUCCUGAUCUAGAAGAAGUUGGAAGAAAGAUUGCCAAAGAAUGUGCAGGUUUACCAUCUGUGGCAAAGGUUUUCGGAGGAAUGUUGUGUUCUAAGAAUGAUGCAAGUGAAUGGUCAGCAAUUCUAGACAGUAAAAUAUGGGACUCUCCAGAAGCAGAACAGAUGAUCAUCUCGGGAUUGAAGUUGAGUUUGGAUAAUUUGAAAUUCCCAAUUUUGAAACAAUGCUUCACUUAUUGCUCAAUGUUCAAGGAAGGCUUUGAAAUGGAAAGGGAUGACCUAAUCCAACUGUGGAUGGCUCAAGGAUUGCUUCACCCUUCUUCCGAGAAUAGUGAUCUAGAGAUGGAGGAUAUAGGCACGGAGUAUUUUCAUAUUCUGUUGCAAAACUCCUUACUUCAAGAUCUUACGAAGGAUGCCUUUGGUGUUGUUGCCAAAUGCAAGAUGCACAUUCUUGUGCAUGAUUUUGCAGAACUUGUAUCAAAAUCUGAUAGCGCGACAUCGAAUUCUUAUGAGAUGGUUGGCACACUGAAGAUUCGACAUGCUUCGCACAUUCCUACUUCGGUUUUGGAAUUGAUACCAAAAAAAAGUUUAAGGGGAUUGCGCUCAUUGUUUUCUAAUAGUGAAGUUCCUAGUAACAUGUUGCCAAGGUUUAGGGGUUUACAUGUCUUGAAUCUUUACAAUGCUGAUAUUAAGGAGCUGCCGAAAUCAAUUGAGAAGAUGAAGCAGUUGAGGUAUUUAAACGUUUCUAGGACAAAGAUCAAAGCAAUCCCCAAAUCUGUCGGCAAGCUCCAUAACUUACAGACAUUAAGAAUGGAGUAUUGUCGACUACUGAAGGUGUUUCCUAAGGAAAUUGGAGAUUUGAUCAACUUGAGACAUAUCUAUUUUGGUCCUGUCCAAAAAAAGAAACGUGCUAAUUUUGGUUGGUACAGGGAAUCUCAUGUUGGGGUCGAGCAAUUGACUAAUCUUCGAAAAAUGCCUCAUUUUAUUGUGAGUUCUGAUGGAAUCGGUCGUGGAAUUGAGGAAUUGGCUGGCUUAAAUCACUUGAAAGGUGAAUUGGCUAUUUAUGAUUUGGAACAUGUGAGGGAUGGAGAAGAAGCGAAGAAAUCAAAUUUAGUUGAAAAGAGAAACAUACGAAAGUUAUCACUUGUAUGGGGUGAGGAAAUGAGGCCACACAGCAACAGCGAAGAAGAUGUUCUCCAAGGCCUCCAGCCACACCCAAAUUUGGAAAUUUUAGAGAUUUACAAUUUCAUGGGUGCUAAAUUUCCAUAUUGGAAGCCGCACAACAACUUGAAAAAAAUUCGAUUAAUUCAGUGCGACGUAUGUGAAGAAGCCCCCAUGCUUGGCCAUCUACCUAGUCUUAUGCAUCUUGAGUUUAAUACAAUGUGUAAUCUAAAAAGUUUGGGAGAUGAGUUUUAUGGCUAUGAUGACGUUGAUGAUGCAAUGAAGACCAAGGUUUUGUAUCCUGCAUUGAAGACGUUCAGAAUUACUGCGGCCCCAAAUUUGAUCGAAUGGAUUGAACCACCAGUGGUGAAAGAAAAACAAAUAUCGGUGUUUCCUCGCCUUGAGGAGUUGGAUCUCGUGGAGUGUCCACAAAUGAGAAAUUUUCCUGAUCAUUUUGCAUCCCUUCAUAAGUUGGAUAUGAGUAUUUGUCACGAGCUGUCAAACCUAACAAGUCUGGUAGAAAAGUGUACCUCUCUUGAGAAUAUGGAAAUAAGCAACUGCGACAAACUUAGAUCCCUUUCAUUAUUUGGUUUGACAUCCAUCCAGAAAUUGUUGUUUAGUUCACGUGGUGGUAAAUUAACAUCAACGAGCCUGCAUAGUGGACCAGAAUUGUACGGCCGAGUUUCUCUUAAGGAGUUGUCCAUAAAAUGUCCAUAUCUUGAAAAUUUGGAAAUAAGUUGCUGCGAUAGUCUGAUGUCCAUUUCAGUUCAUGGUGCAACAUCCCUUCGAGGAUUGAAGAUUAGUUCAUGUGGUGGAUUAAGAUUAAUGGACCUGCAAAGUCUACCAGAAUGCUAUACCCCUCUACAGGUGUUGUCUUUAAGGUCGUGCAAAAGUCUGGAGUCAAUUUCAGGUUUACAUGAAUGCACAUCCUUUCGUGAAUUGACCAUUGAAGAUUGUGAUGGACUAAAGACUUGUGUAUCGAGUGGGCUUGAAUCUUGUACUUCUAUCCGUGCACUGUGUGUCCACGAUUAUCAACAAUUGGGGCAGUAUUCAGCUUAUGGGGUAGACAUGUCUCUUAUUGAGGAGCUGACCAUUUAUAACUGCCCUAAGCUAAUAAGCAUUUCAAAUCACGGUCUGACGACCCUUCGGAAACUGGUACUUAUUGCAAGUUAUGUACUGGAAUUGUCUAUCGUCAGUAGUACUACAAUGGAGGAGUUGUAUUUACAGGAUUGUACAUCCCUUGGUUCACUGUGUAUCGAGAAUUGCAACGCACUUGAGAGAUUGAAAAUAAGUGGUAGCCGAAACUUGGUAUCCAUUCCAAUUUCAGAUGUAUUCCCGCCAUCCCUUGGGCAAUUUGUAAUUGAAGAUUGUGCUCAACUAUCAAGCCUGCCAGGCGGUCAUGAAUCUCUUGAGGAGUUGAGUAUAGUGAAUUGCCCUAUGCUAAGAUGGAGUUCAGUUGCCGAUGAGGGGAGCAGUCUGACCGCCCUCCGGAGAUUGGUUAUUGCAAGUUGCAGCGGACCAGAAUUGAACAUUGGCUCUAUCACUACUCUUGAGGAGAUUUCUUUACACGAUUGCACAUCCCUUGGCGAACUGAGAAUAGAGGAUUGUCAGAAUUUGAGGCAGAUUUCUUUACACGAUUGCACAUCCCUUGGCAAACUGAGAAUAAAGGAUUGUCAGAAUUUAAAGGCUCUUCUCAGUUUAGACAACCUCACAUCCUGCACAUCUCUUGUCGACUUGAAAAUUAAAAGGUGCAAAAAAUUGAUAUCUCUGGCAGAUGUCGAUGUAACUAGCUUGCAAUCUCUUUCCGAUUUAUCAAUACGUAGUUGUGAGAAAUUACAAUACUUGCCGACGGGUCUACACACUCUGACUCGUUUGGAAAAGUUGUGGAUUGGUGGAUUCUGGGAGGAGCUCGAUUCUUUCCCGGUUUCGCAAAUUCCAUCAUCAGAGUGCUUGGCAAUAGUGGGGUGGCCCAAGCUCAAGUCUCUGCCUCAAGUAAUUAAUCACUCGACUAGUCCUGUAACAUACUUUGGAAUAUAUGAGUGUGAUGGGCUGGAGACUCUUCCAGAAUGGUUGGGUGACCUUACAUCUCUCAACCAUCUACAUAUUUACAAAUGCACGAAUCUCAAGUCUCUGCCUUCCGCCCAAGCUAUGCGACGCCUCACCAAACUAAAAUAUCUAAGGAUUUUUGAAUGUCCCUUUCUGAAGGAAAAAUGCGCCAGGGGUACCGGCACAGAGUGGCCCAAGAUUUCUCAUAUUCCAGAAAUCGAAAGUAAUUCUUCUCUCUCAAAACAAAUAAUUCAUUUGUUCAAUUCUCCUUCUCUCACAUUUCUUCUUCAGUAUUGCGUAUUGACCAAACCUCUUUUUUUUUGUCAAUUAGUUAAUUAAGAUGAGGAUGAAGAUUGAAUAUUGGCCUGAGAUUCCUCACAUUCUAAACUUCAGUAGGUUGUUUUCUACAUUUCUUGCCAACUUCUUUGUGUUUGAUCAGCCAGCGUCCAGAUACAAGACCAAUCCAAGUUCUCACUCCCAACACUUCGGAACAUGAGGAGGUCUGCAUUUUUCAGCGCUGAGUCGGAAAGGAGGGCAUUGUUCGAAUUCCCUCGUGUAAAUGAGACGUCCCUCCAUUGAUAUUUGUUAUCCUGCGGUUUACUGUAGGAUGUUCAGUCCUCUAUUUGUACCAUGGAAAGUUCAUCCAAGAAUGUACGUUCUAGAGUCGAGUUAUUCUCUAAAUAUUUUGCGAGAUUA